GCAUUAUCCCCGGGUCAUGUGACUCUCAGUCAUCAUGGUGGAGCAAGAACAGAUCCAGAAGAGGACUUUCACCAACUGGGUCAACGCCCAGCUGGCCAAGAGGAGGCCUCCCUGUAUGGUGGCGGAUCUCUUCAACGACCUCCGUGAUGGAUCCAAACUGCUGGACCUGCUGGAGGUGAUGAGCAACCAGCGCAUCAGCCGCGAGCGAGGAAGAGGAACGUUCCACCACAGGAGCAACAUCGAGAAGGCCCUGGCCUUCCUCAGGCAGAAAUCAAUCAAACUGGUCAACAUCAACAUUCCCGACAUCAUCGAUGGCAAACCCUCCAUCAUCCUGGGCCUGGUCUGGACCAUCAUCCUCCAGUACCACAUCGAGGAGCUGGCCAGCGCGCUCUCCUUCAACUCCCGCCAGUCCUCCAUGGAGUCUCUGGCCAGUUUGGACUCUCGCUCCACGUUGUCCUGCGGCAGUCCCGCGCCCCGCAAGGGCUCACCGCUCCACGCCCGUUUCAGGGUGUCCGCUAAGAAGGCCCUCCUGCUGUGGGUGCGCGAGCAGUGUCACAAGGCCGGCUGUUCCGUCAACGUCAAGGACUUCAAGGGCAGCUGGCGGAGCGGCGUUGUCUUCCUGGCCAUCUUGUACGCCCUCAGGUCGGACCUGGUGGAUCUGUCCAAGGCCAGAACCAGGAGCAACAAGCAGAACCUGGAGGAGGCCUUUCACGUGGCCGAGAGAGAGCUGAAGAUCCCGCGGCUGCUGGAGCCCAAUGAUGUGGACGUUCGGGAGCCGGAUGAGAAAUCCAUCAUGACCUACGUGGCCCAGUUCCUGCAGUACUCCAGAGACCUGCCCAUCCCCGAGGAGGACACGCAAUAUCUGACUCCUCCUAAAGCUCCUUCUCCUAUCAGCCUUCCCGUGCACUACACGCCUGCUAUCUCCACCUCACCACUGCGCCAGGCGACACCAGACCGUAAGGCCCAGGAGGUGUCGUGUUGGCUGCUUCAGGCCUACGAAGAGCUGCUGGAGGGCUGGAACUCCACCGAGGACGAGACCUACUCGGAGCGUUACCAGGUGUUCCAGACCUUUCUGGUGUCUUUCAAUGAGCAGCGACGUCCCAUCAUGCCUCUGCUGACCGCCAUGAGACGAAGCUCCAAGCUGAGCGAGGAGCAGCGAGCCCUUCGGGAGGCGUGGGAUGCCCUCACAGAAAAGCUACGCGAGUACAAAAUAGAGUUAGACGUGAGGCUGCCAGCCCCUCUGGACCUGGUGGCACGAUGGCUUCUGAGAACCGAGGCGGUCCUGGCCGAGGAAGAGGGUGACCCCCUGGACCAUGGCCGGGCUGCGGACGAAGCCAAGGAAAAACAGGAGCAACUCAAGGUCUGCCAAGAGGAAAUGCCCCAACAAUUGAAGACUUUCCAGGCCUUCCUGAACCAGGAUGUGUACGGAAACAUGUUGGUCCCCACUGAAAAGAUGGAGGAGCUGAAGAGAAGAUUCACCGGUGUAAGAGUGAGCGCUAAGUACCAUGGGAUCAAGCUGGAGUACCUUGAGCACCGUCACACUGUUUUGGAUUUGCUGGGGCAGAUCUGGACCAAAGUCCGUUUAUGGAAGAGGCCUUAUCUCUCUCCAGAGGCAAUCAGAGUGCUGCUGCAGGAAUGGAAUGACCUAGUAAACAAUCGAGAGAUACCUUCUACGUUGGAAGCAGCCCUUCGUAAGUUGAAGCAGGUUGCUGAGAAAUACUCAAGCAAGUCUGCCCUCGCUGCCGACUACCCCCAAGUUUGUCAACAAGUGACGCAGAUAGAGGAGGACACGGCAGCAGCUCUGGUGGAGGUGACGUCGGCCAAAAGCGCCUUGGAACGGGUGCUGACCGCCUGGGACUCUUAUAGUGAUGGGAUCAGCUCCAUGGAGGCGUGGCUCGAGCAGAGCUUAGCCGGACAGAGUUACGGUCCCCAGCCAAAGGUGACAUCCGAGUCCUUGGCUGAGUGGGGGUCCCGACUAGCUCACCUGAGCGAGGUGGCAAACUUUUUGAUGGAGUCGACUGACCCACAGAGCAGCAAGAGCCUGGCGGGGGAGCUGCAAAAACUCAAGAUGAUAUGGGAAAAAUUCAACCAAAGAAACACUUUGGACAGCACAGACAAGUGCAAUGUUGAUAUUGAGACCAGACCUCAAGACCUUCAGGCUCUGGUCGAGGAGGCGAGUCUUCUUCUCAAAGAGCCUGUAGAGACAAUGGCGGGUCCGUUACGCAUCUAUAGAAAAAGAAUACAGUUCAUGCUGAGGAAGAUAAAGGAAGUGGAUCUGGAAUCUCUUGAUUCAUCUUCAGAAGGACCAUCAGAUGAAUUAAAGAAACUAAAGAUGGCCAUGCUUGAAGCAAAACAAACUCUGUGCGAAGCAGAGAAGGUGUGUGCCGAUUUGCAGCACAGUGUUUCAGGUCUUGACAGUCGCCUCGCUGAGCUUCUGCACUGGGAGACUGAGACCAGGGAUCUAUACCAGCUGCUGAAGGCCUCAGAGCUACGGCAGCAAAGAGGCCAAGAUCCAAGAGCUAAGGUCGCGAUAUCACGUGGGCUCCAGCUGGAAGGUCAGGUGGUGACAGAGGAGCAGGACCUUCAGGUCUUGAUAAAGACACAUCAGAAGAACUCUCCCAUCCAAUGUCUCCAAGCUUCCACCAUACAGGGCCGUGUGCGAGCAACUGUGGCUCACUCACAAGAGGUGGUAGGACUGCUAAGUAGCCUGGGGACUCGAAGGGACAGAAGCAGGAGCCCCACAGGAGGGCCUCCAUCCAAAGUCUUUAUUCAGGCCAAAACCAAGCCUCAUCAUCUAAGACAGCUGGGCACUGGUCCACCAACACAGGAGUGCACUACCUUGUCAGAAUUUCAUCCAUCUCAAGAAGUGUUUGUGCCAAAGAUAGUGGUGCAGGAAUACAGAGAAGAUACAAUAGGUUUACCCCCAGUGUCUUAUAGUUCUGCACAAGAAGAGAUGCAGACUAGCCCGACACAAGCAGAAGGCCAAACUCAGGCCUGGGCAGUGAUGACGGAACAAGAGCAGACUGCAGAGAACACAUGGAUACAGCAGCAACAGCUUAACAGAGCAGAAGCACAAGACCCAAAGUAUUACCAAGCCCAAGCAGAGGUACUAAAAGAAAAAGAGAACACAAAGAAAGAGACACAGAUUCAAAAAGAUGGGGAGCAGCAACUGGAGGAGAUGGAAGGUUAUAAAGAGGACCAGCUAAUGCAUGUAGAGAUUGAAAGAAAACUCACGCAGACAACUGCAGUGCAUGAGCUGACGUCACCAGUAAAGAAACCUCUUAAAUCACAAGAACUUCAAUGCAAAAAGGCCCGGGGCUUGAAGAACCGACCAUGGCUUAAAAAAACAGGAGAACACGAUAUUCAAAGUCCAAACAAAGAUUCUGCCCAAAAAAUAGUUCAGCCUACACAGCCACAGAAGAAUAAAGACAUGAUAGGAUCCACUGAAGUUGUUCAUCACCAUACAGUAACCUCCAGGACACAGCCUGAGACCCAAGACAAGUCUGCUGGUCAGUCAACCAGAAGGAAAAAACUAAAAGAACAGCAGCAGAAACAACAAAUGCCGAUUGUAGUAGCGCAGCCAGAAGAAGGCACAAGGAAUAAGUCAAAGGCAGUAGAUCUGCCACUUCAGCAAGCAAACGUCAAAAGUCAGCCCUCAGCAGAAAUGAUGGCUCAGUCACAGGUUCAGCCCCAGCCUCUAGCACACAGCCAAGUUAUAGCUCAAGGGCUAACCUGGGCUCAAGUUAGCCCUUUAUCUCCUAUUCAGGCUCCUCUGCAGGACAACAUUCUACCACCUGUGCCUUCCCAUAUUCAGCUUCGUAGUCAUCCACAGUCCUGGUCCCCCGUCAGGCCGCCGUCCCCUAAGCCACCAGCGCAGGCACAAAGUCCGACCCACGUAAUCACUCAUGCACAAGUCUCUCAAGAGACAAUAUUCCAGAUGCAAAGACACCCUCAGUUAACUCAGCCUGAAAACCAAACAAUGCUUCAACCUCAAAGACAUUCUCCUCUAGAGACUCAGACUCAAAUCUAUGCAGCUCAGCCUCAAACCAGUCUUGCAUCCAUGGCUCGUGCUCAAACCCACCCCUUGUCAAAAACACAGCCUGUGACCCAGUCCCAAGUCAAACCUCAAACCAUGGCCAAGAUUCAACAAAAUGUUCCGCCCAAGACCCAAAUUCAGGCCCCUGUCCAUGCAAAGACUAAACCCCAAAUCAGUUUUGGGUCUACGGCUCAUGAGCAAACACAAUUUCAGGAAAUGACACAACCUCAAAAAUUUGCUAAGCCAAUGAUUAAACCUCAAGCUAAGCCAGAGCCCAUGACAGUGGUUCAAACCCAUCCUCUGUCCAAAGCCCAGUCUCAAAGCUGUGUUUACGCCGGGACCCAAUCACAUGCAAAAACAGAGACUGUGGACGAGAUCCAACCCGAGUCUUUCACGCUUACUCAUGUUCAAUCUACAGAACAGUUUCAAACACUUCCCCUUUUGAAAAUUCAGCCAAGUCUUACACAACCUUUGACUCAACAAUAUCCUCAAGGUCAACCAAUAUUUCAGCCUCAGGGACAUCCUUUGACUCAAUAUCAUGCACACUCUCAGUCAGCAGUCCAACACCAAAGCCAUAUUGCCCCGGGCCACCUAGCCACUUGGACCAAUGUUAGCAGCUCUUCCUCAAAGUCGAUGACACACCCACAAACUCCAGUGCAGCCAGUGGUUUACCUUCAAAAUUACUCCAAUGCUCAGCAGUGGGCUGCGAGGCAGGAGCCACAAAAUAGUGACAUUGUCCGGCAAAUGCAUCACAUUCCUCAACCUUUCACUCAGCAAACAGGUCAAGCUCCACAGUUUCAGGCUUCACAAGCACCGCAAGGGCCUCAAGGUGGUCAUCCACAAAGACCUCAAAUGGGUCCCACAGGGUAUUCUAACAUGAUACAAUCAUAUAAUCAGUCUCAGAUGCAGAUACACUCGCAACCUCAACCCCAGACUCAAACCUUGUCCCAAAUAAGGCCCCAAAAUCAACAACUGUCACAGAUGCCAGUGUAUGAUGUGACUCUAAUGCAGACACAACAUGGCCAGAGUGAGCAACCAAUGUGGAUGCAGGUACAGCAUUUACAAUCCCACUCUUCUUAUCCCCAGGCUCAGCAAUAUCCAUCACCUGACCGUGUUAAUGUCCGCGCUCAAAUACCACAACUACAACAAACUAAUGUAGUGUAUCCUCCACAUCCUCACCUUCAACCUCGUCUACAGGCCCAAUCCCAACCUCACAUUCAGACACAAGCACAUAUGCAGCCACAGUUUCCCCUUGCCCAGCUUAAUCCUCAGUUUCCUCCACAAUUCAGAUCAAUAGUUCCAACACCAAGCCAACCCCAGACUCAAUCACUGUCGCAAUGUAUGCCCGAACCACAGCUCGCACAACAAUCUAAAGUUCAGCCAUCCCUCCAACCCAAACCUCAGUUUCUGCCCUUAUAUAAACCUGAACUGCAGCUGGUUCAUCAAGCCAUUGUCCAGCCUACCACUCAAACCAACGCUAAAUCAAUGCCGCAAUGUAAACCUGAACCCCAGAUAGCCCAAUCACUACCUGAGUAUAUACCUGAAUCCCAGCUGGCUCAUCAGGCUAAAUAUGUAUCACCAACACAAAGCAGUGUUGGAUCAAUGCCACAACCUUCACCUGAACUCCAGUCACCACAACUCAAGAUUCAGUCACCAAUCAAACCAGCUACACAAUUACAACUAAAGGUCCAAAAAUCACCUGAACCCAUGUCUCAUCUGCAGCCACAACCUCCAAUUAAAUCUGCUCCUCAAUCCACACAAAAGCCAACCCAUUCAAUCAUCCAUUCCCAGGUGUGUGUUUUGCCUCACUCCCAGGCAGAAUCACCAGACCUCUGCUUGACACCACCUGUCCUUGCUCAAGCACCUCCCCAAGCCUAUUCUGAGGCCUAUGCUAAGGCCCAGGCUUUGGCUAGAAACGGUUUUGAGGAGGCUAAGCACUGCCUCCAGGGGCACAUCCUGGAGGCCAUCACUAUCUUCAAAGAUAAAUGCAUACCAGAUGGACAGGCAUCAGCGACAGAGACUCUGAAAACCCUGGAUCCAGAGUUACUGGAGGAAUUCCUAAGAGCAGCAAAGGGCAUGGAAGCCUUCUGUACACCUUCCCAGCUCAAAGACAUGGAAACCUUCACUCAGUCUGUCAGGUCUCAGUGGGAGUCUUGCUUCUCAGCUGAGUGCAGACUCCAAGCAGGCAACCAUUUGGAGACCUUAAAAGAGUUGUGUGACAUGCUCAGUCCAGAGGACGCUCAUCGUCUAGCCCACACUCAGUUGAGGGAGUGUGAGAGUAGCUUGGCUGCAAUCCAGCGCCAAUUCAGUGGAGACCAAGAAGCCCUACUGCCUGAUUCAAGGAUUCCUGUUGUAUUCAAUGAUGAUCAGACCCCACAAAAAGAAACUGAAAGUGUUAAUCCAUCAAUUUCAACUGAGGCGUCACAGAUGAAAAUCAUGACAGCAAGUGUAGAACAAAAACCGGUUAAAAAGCAGCCCCCAGUUGUGGAAGAAGUCAUCAAAAAGGAAGCUUUAGAGAGAUAUGAUAAUUGCAAGAAGUCUCUGCAAGUCCAGCUGUCUAAAAAUGAACAGAGCAUCAGCGAUGUCCCCUCAGACUCUGGGACUCUAAAAGGUCUUCACACUCGCCUUCAGGAAAUUCAGUUCUUGAGGCAGGAGACGACAUCUCUGUGGUCUGAGUUUGCAAACCAGUGCUCCUACUUGAGUGAAGAUGCUGGUCUGGAGCAGGAGAAAUCAGAGCUUGAGGAUCAGUGGCGGGCUCAACAGUCCAACCUUCAGAGGAGAGGCAGCUCACUGGGUGCUGCUCUUCGACAAAUUGACUCAACAGAGAACCACAUGGUGGAUUUCAGCGACCGCUUGGACCGUUACCUUAGACAACCCAAAGACAUCACUGCCUUCACACUGGCCAACACUAACAUCCUGAAAGACAUCAAGGAACUGGAUGAAAAUAUCCAGAGUGAACUGGAUCAGCUUUCACGUCUGGAGCCUGAAUCCAGCAACCUUGAUCCCAGAGACUGUCUACCUCUCUCCCGUGAGGUAGAAGCCCACAGAAACAGCCUGGAUCAGCUUCGGCAACAAGUUCGCAAGAGUGAGGCGGCUGCUCGGGCUCUUGACCGCUUCCUCGUGUCACUUCGCACCUUAGAGGAGGACAUCGCCGGAGUCCAGGGAGCCCCCUGCAGUGACACUGUGGCUCUGCAAGACUGUCGCGCCAAGCUCGCUGUUAUUAAACAGAGUGUGGGCAGUCUGAAAGACAAGGCGCCGCAGCUAGAUCUGCUGUUGCAGGGGGCUCGGCUGACGGUCACAAAGGAUGGUUCUCCUGCCUCCUGUCUAGACAUGGUAAAUGUCUUGUUGAAGAAGCUGGGAGAAGCUGAUAGCGGACUUGUAAGUCAGCAGCAGAGCCACAAGAAGGGAAACCAGAGCAAAUCUUUGGGAUUGAGGAAGAGGACCCUGUUGGGAGAAGUGAGAAAGCUCCAGGACACCAUCGAAACACGAGGCCUAACUGAGGCGUCCAUGCCAGCCGUGCAACAGAGACUUCGGGCUCUGUCUGAUUUGGAUGACCAGCUGCAGACUCUGAACUCAGAGCUCCAAAUUCUCAGGGACCUUCCUGAGUGUCAAGGAGAAGGUCAAAAUCCCCUUGAGGAGCUAGACACUCUAUACAAGCAGACUGAAACAUCUUUGACUGACAGGUAUCAGCAGUGCAGCAUCCUGAUGGAGCUGCUGAAGAAGUUCCAAAGCUGUCGCAGUGGGCUAAGUAACACCAUGCAGAGAGCGGAGCAGACCAUCAGUGAGCAAGCCUCCUACCUGGGCAAAGACAACCUUCAAAGGAUCAUAACCAAGGUCCAGGACAUUAAGAAGGAGCUAAGUGGCCUCGGUGAGCCGAUGGAUGAGUUCAGGGGAGUUUCUAAGCAGCUGCAGUCCACACUGAAGAAGUUCCCGGACUGCAGAGAGGCUCCAUUUGAGACUGAGGCUGACAUACUGAUGGACAACUGGCUGGAUAUGACCGAGAAAACAGACUCAUACAUGGACAACCUUAAGGUGGGCCUGGAACUGUGGGAAAAGCAAUUGAUGUUGGGGGGAGAAAUUGAUGGCUGGGUGGCCACCAAACUGGCACUCUUUGCGGAAAGCCACCCCUUCCACAAACAGGAGCAAGUUGUGGCAAUGAAGGAAGAGGUCCAGGCCCAUGAGGAAAACAUUGAUAAUUUCCACAAGAAGUCUGAGGAGAUCCAGGAAAUGCUUCAGAGUCAGGAUGCACCACUUGAAUUGCAAGUGAUGGAAACACAGCUGAGGAAGAGGAUGGAACAGGUGAAGGAGCUGUUUGCAGACUGCACCGACGUCUUUGAGGAGCUGAUGAUGGUGAAGACACAUUUUGCGGAGAAAAUUGCAGAGUGCCUGUCAGCCCUUGGGAACAUUCACUGUUCUAUCAGUGAGCUCCAUGCCUCAGAACCAAAAGCAGAGACCCAGAUGCAGGAUCUAGAGGCAGGUCUAGAGGACCAGGAGAGGCAGGCUGAGUCCGUGCUGAAGGAGAUUGCUCUGGUCUCCAGUGUGGCGAGUCCACAGGUGCUGGAGACUCUUUCGGCGGACUGCGAAGGACUGACCGCUGCCAUCGCCCGCGCCAAGGACAUAAUCCACCUGAAGAGAGAGGAGCGGGAAAAAGGCUUCCUCAAGGUCAUUGAAGAUGAGAGGCAGUCAUUUGAGGACUGGUACCAGGACCUGCAGCUGGCUGUCUAUGAGUGCUUCGAGGACCCAGAGAGUAGGUUGGAUGUAGAAACGUCUUUGCAGAGACUGACAGGCUUCUUGAAGACCAACGCUGCAGAGCAACGUCUGGACCAGCUGAAGGAUCAUCUGGACAUCGGCCGCCAACAGAUUGAUGCUCAACGGCUGACCGAGCUCGGCAACUGGCUGAAAGAUGAGCGCGAGGAGGUGCUCAGGUUCACCAGACACUGUUUGAUUAGGCAGAAACAGAUAGAGUGUCUCCAUGCAGACUUAUGCGGUCUGCAGACACAUCAUGAUAGCCUCCUCGAGUGGCUGCAGGACAAAGAGAAUCAAAGUACAACCCCUGUCAAAGCCAAACAUCUCCUCAAGGACCUCCAGGAUGAAAGACAAAGAGCGGACGCCGUCAUUGAGCUCCUUGCUUCAGUGAGCCGCCAGGGCGUUAAAGCUGACCCGCUCGUGAAGGACAGCGACGACCUAAUACGGCGCUACCGAAAGCUGGAAGCCAGACUGCAGACACAGGCGGAGGCCCACGACAUCUUGGAGGGGGAACUGGAGCAGUUUAUGAGCCAGGCUGAGAGAACCAAAGGCUGGUUUAAAGACCUCCUACAGCCUUUUACCUUAGCAGAUGGAGACAAGCAGUGCAAGGAGAUGAGCCACCAAGCAAAGGCUCUUCUGAGCACAAAACCAGAGGGAGACUCCAAGGUGAACCAGCUGCGAUGCCUGAGCCAGAGUCUUUGCGAGCAGGAGCAGUUGGAGCAGAGCAAGAAACAGCAAGUCCAGGAGUCGCUUCAAGACGUGGAGGACGAAUGGCAAGCUGUCCUCCAGGCUGCUGAAGAUACUUUAAACAAGUCUGAGAAGCAAGCUCGCCUACACCAAGAAAUGGAUGCUUUCAGAGUCCAGAGUGACAGCUUGCAGUCCUGGAUCAGCGACUCUGCUGAGGACAUUCAGUCUCCUGGAGGUUGCACGGAUGAAAAGCAGCAUGACAUUCUGCUCAUUAAAACAGACUUGGGGUCUAAGCUCCAGAACCUUAAGGAGCAGGGCGAGAGUCUGUGCAACAGUGUGGACUUGGAUGAAGGCUUUCGAAAGGAGAUCCAGGACACAAUAAGACUAAGAGAAGAGCAGUGGCAGACGGUAACGAAGGCUGCUGAGGAGAUGGAGACUGCAGCCUCUGCCGACAAGGACGUUGCUGCACUCCGAAGUCGCAUCAAGGCCACCCAGUCUUGGAUCAGGGAGCAGAGGCACAAGCUGCUGUCGCUUGGAAGUCACAUGCUGCUCCAGGAAAGACUGCAAGUUACACAGGCUGUUAUGGCUUCCGAACAUGAGGGCCAAUCAAAAGUUUUGGACUUGAAGAAGGAAGAGGAGAACCUGGAUGCGAGCAGAAGGCCCGAGGUGACGCAGUUGGUGUUAGACCUGGAGCAGCAGUGGAGGUCCGUCCUGCAGACGUGCAAAGAGGCCGAAUUGCGAGGUUUCGCUGACGACUUUGAGACUCAGAGUAAAACCACGCAGUCAUGGGUGAGAGAGCAGGAGAAGAAGCUGCAAUCCGUCAGCGUCCACGCUCCACCUGAAGAGAGAUGUCGCACAAUCCAGGAUGUUCUGCAGUCCAAACCUGACGGCGACUGCCAGGUGAACAACCUGAGGAGGCGGGGCCAGAGUCUUUGUGACCGUCAGGACGUAGAGGAGGGCAGAAAGUGUCAAGUCCAGCAGACGGUCCAAGACACGGAGGAGCAGUGGAGGGAGGUUUUGCAGGUCGCCAGAAAGCUGAGAGAGGAUAUAGGAGCUCAAAUGAACCAAGAGAUGGAGAGGAGAGUUUUGGAGCUGACAGAAUUCAAAAGCCUCCAUCAGGAAACCAACCACUGGCUCUCAGACCUCCAGCAACAGCUGGAUUCUCUAACCAGUCAAUCAACAGAACAGGGAAGACUACAUGCCGCACUGACCAUCAUGGGCUGCAAGUCCGAGGGGGAUAUUAAACUUCAAGAGAUGAAGAGACGCUACCAGAGUUUAUGUGCCGAGGAACUCGAGCAGCACCAAAAAGCGGAUCUUGAGCGGAUCGCACGGGACACACAGGACCAGUGGACCGCCGUCCUCGAGAGUGCCAAAGCGACGCUGAAUGUGUUGGAGAAGCAGAGUGCUCUGAAGUGCCAACUGAGGAAGCACAAAGAGGCCAGGGAAGAAGUCCAAACCUGGCUGAAAGAACAGCAACUGAGCCUCAAUUGUCAUAAAGAUCAUGAAGUGACCAUAACCACUGCACAGGCCAUCCUGAGCUCCAAACCCAACAGAGACUCUGAGCUGGCCGAGCUGAAAAGACAAAGCCACAGCCUCUGUGACCACGAGGACGUCGAGGAUGCUGUCAAGCGGGAGUCUCAACAAGCAGUCAGAGACUUGGAGGAGCAGUGGAGGACGCUGCUCCACGAUGCUGAGAACUCGCUGAAGAAAGCAGAGGUUCUGUACUCGCUCUCGAGGGAGCUGCAAGCCUUCUUUAGCCAGGCAGCUAGCACUGACACCUGGUUGGAGGAGUUGCAGGCACAGCUUGAGACCACCGGGACAGACACUUUAGGCAGCCAGGUCCAGAUAGAGGACCGUCUGAAUACGGCACAGACCAUCUUGAACUCCAAGUCCAGUGGAGAGACUCGUGUGAUGGAGCUGCAGAGGCGUGUGCAGAAUCUGUAUGAACACGAGGACUUGGAGGAGGACAGUAGGCUGGAGGUCCAAACAAAGCUCAAAAAGGUGGAGGAGCAGUGGAGGACCAUCAUGCAGGCAGCGGAUGAGAGGAGCAGGCUACUACAGACGGUCGUGGGCAACCAGGUGUCCUGUCGGUACCAACAAGGACAAGUGCGGUCUCGUUUUGAGGAGCUACAAACACAGAUUUCCAGUUUGCCUCGCGACUUCUCCUGGCCAGGCUUGGGAGAGCGGAGGCAGGCGAUGGAACAAGCCCGGAGCCUGCUGGACAGGAGUGCAGCCCUGGGCCCCCUCCUCUCUGGUUUACGCACCAAGGCUGCAGAACUGUGUGAGACCACCCAGGACCCCGAAUGGGCUGAUUCAACCUGGGGUAGCAUUGAAGAAUCCAUCCCAAUUCUUCUCAAACAGUUAACAGAGGCGCUGGCAAACCUGGAGCGAGGAAUCAUGGCAGAGAGGCAAUGCACUCAGCUUUUGGAACAGCAUGAAGCGGCACAGGACUGGCUGAGAGAGCAGGUGAAAGCCCUGAAAGCGCCUCCAGAUGACAGAAAAGGUCUUCACAGUGCCAUCAACACACUGAAGGCGUUACUCCAGACUGUGGAUAGGGAGCAGAGAGAGAUGAAGGAGCUGGAUGCCGCCAGAGAUGAUCUCCUCAGCGUCUGCACCCCCGGUGGUCGGGAUGCUCUCACCCUGGAGGUUAGCCACCUGCACGAGCUCUGUGCCACCUCUGAGCAUGAUGUGAAGGACCACCUGGCGGCCUGCGAGGCCCGCUUGCGGGACCUGGAAUGCCAGGCAGCCCAAAAGACGAAGGCGCUGACAGAGAAAGCAACUGCUCUGCAGUGGGAGCUGCGAUCUUUGGACCAGGCGCUGGGAUACAGUGAACCGCAGGACAAUGUUGAACAGAUCCAACAGCACUGGCACAGCCUGCAGAAUUGUAAAAAGUCGCUCGAGGAAAUCCACGGGAAAGUUGAUCAGCUGCAGGAGGAAGUCCGUUCUGCCAAUGAGCUGCCAAUAGAAAUAACCACCAGCGUCGACUCUCUGCGCCAACAACAUGACAGUUUGCAGACCAGGCUGAGGGAGCAUCAACAAAGUUGCUCAACAAAUGCUGCUCGCUGUUUGACGAAUUCAAUCCAAGCACUGCAGGAAUGGACCCACAACCACAACAAGCCUUCGGAAUCCAUUGCAACUGUGCAGGAGGCAGCAGAUGAAGGGGAAAAGAUGCAGGCUAUUCUUCAGGAGGCACUUUCUCAUCAUCAAUUUCUGAGUGACUGUUUAAAGCAGGAUGUGUUUGACAAACUUUCAAAAGACAGUUCAGAAACACUCAGACAAGCAGGGACACUCCAGAUGUCUCUCUGUCACAACUUAAAGGAACUUAUGAAAAGGAGUGACCAAAAAACGGAUGAUCAGCCUAUGGAUAUUGAUGUCCAUUCUGAAGAGAAAAAGACAUCUUUGGUGGCACCUCCACGGAAGAACAAAAAGUCCAUUAGGAAAAAGUCUCAAGAUGGAUUCCAACAAGACAUUCCCUCAACUGACACAUCAGGACUGGAUCAGGAUGACUUGUCAGUUUCAUCGAGGUCCAGUGAGCAAACUGAUGAUACUGAUUCAGGAAAAAACAAAGAAAUUCCAACAAGAAAGAAGUCAAAGACCAAGCAAGUAUCCCUGGAUCGUCUUUCGACAGGGGAAAUAGUUCAUGUGGAAACCAAGAAAACUGAACAUGAAUCUAAAAAGACUUCAGUGAGGGGGCAAGAUGAAGCUAUGGUGAUGGAUGAAAGAAAGACAACAUCUGCAGCGACUCCUUAUACCAAUGAUGUACCACAGGCUAAAGAAGGAACAGAAAAGCUUCAUGGUGCCACAACUCUAGAGUUAGUUUCUGUCAGUUCUACAGAAAAAAGCCAAUGCUUGAAAAGUAAGGAACCUUCACCUACAGAAGAAAGUACAAACAUAUCCGAUGCAGCUUUUGUGGAAGCAAAGAUCACAUCCAAUAGAAAGUCAACGCUUCUAGAAGACAGAGAACUUGGUGUCUGUAAUGAUUCAAACCUCGACAAAGCAAGAAAAGACUCUGAAAGUGGGGAAGCUUCUGCAGUAGCUCAACUCGUCACAGGAAUUAUUGAGGCAGCUAUGAAAGACAUUGCUUUACCUUCAAAGAAGGAUCAGAUAGAACUGGAACAUACUAAAACGUCCUCAGCUUCACAAGCUGUCACAGGCACCCCCGAGGUUGAUAUUGCCAAGGCAGGAAAGAUCUCACCACCCAAAAGAAAGUCAAAGAGUUCUAAGGUUUCUCAAGGGCAGCCUAAAACAAAAGAGCAAAUUGUGACAAAAGAAGAAUUCUAUCUGAAACCGAAAGAGAAAAAACUUGUAGGAGUUGAAGAACUUGGCGUUUGUGACGAUUCAAACCUUCAGAAAGCAACCGAAGACUCUAAAAGUGGGGAAGCUUCUGUCGUAGCCCAACUUGUCACAGGAAUCAUUGAAGCAGCUAUGAAAGACAUUGGUUUACCUUCAAACAACGUUCAGAUAGAACUGGAAAGUACAAACACCUAUUCAACUUCAAAAGUUUUCACAGGAAUCCCUGAAGUUAUUAUUGGGGAGGAAGAAAAGAUCCCACCACCCAAAACAAUUUUAAAGAGUUCAAAGAUUUCUCCAGAGCUGCCUAAAAGAGAGGAGCACAUUUUGACGAACAAAGAUUUCUAUCUGGAACCAAAACAGGAAAAACUUGUAGAUGUCAAAAAACCUAAUGUUUGUGACGAUUCAAACCUCAACAAAGCAGGAAAAGACUCUGAAAGUGGGGAAGCUUCUGUUGUAGCCCAAUUUGUCACAGGGAUAAUUGAGGCAGCUAUGAAAGACAUUGCUUUACCUUCGAAGGAGGAUCAGACAGAACUGGGAUGUACAAAAACUUCCUCAGCUUCACAAGUUAUCAGAGGAAUCCCUGAAGGCAUUGCGGAAGAAGGAAAGAUCUCACCAUCCAAAAGAAAGUCAAAGAUUUCUCCAGAGCUGCCUAAAAGAGAGGAGCAUAUUUUGACAGAAGACAAAUUUUACCUAGAACCAAAAGAAGAAAAGCUUGUAGAAGACCAAGAACUUAGUGUCUGCAACGAUUCAAACAUCCACAAAGCAACAAAAGACUAUGAAAGUGAGGAAGCUUCUGCAGUAGCUCAACUGGUCACAGGAAUCAUUGAGGCGGCUAUAAUAGAACAUGGUAUACCUUCAAAGAAAGAUGAGAUGGAACUGGACUCAAGAAAAACGUUCUCGGUUUCACAAGUUGUCACAGAAAUCCCUAAAGGUAUUGCGGAGGAAGGAAAGAUAUCACCACUCACGAGAAAGUCAACGGAUCGGAAACUUUCACCCAAACUUCCAUCCAAAGAAAUGAUAGUGCCGACACAAACGUCAUUUGAGUCUAGCGUCAAAAGGGAAGAAGCCGUUACUCCUUUGCCAGUCUAUGCUGUUGGUGAUACAGAUGAUGACAAAGUAAAUCAAGACUAUGAAAGUGGAAAAAACACUUCAGAAGCACAUGCAGUAACAACAACACUUGAGGCUUCUCCUGAAGAUGAAAGAAAAAUCUCACCAUCCAAAAGAAAUUCAAAGAGAUCAACAGCUUUUCCAGGACUUCCUAAAAAGAUGGAAGAAAAAUCUGAUAGUCACAGACCUUGCUCUAAUACAGGAAAUGCUGAGACUACUGUGUUUGAGGAAAGUAAACUGAAAAAUGAGGCAGAGCCUGAACAGAAGUCUUCUGAUUCCGUAGAGCCAUCUGAGAACAAUAUCAGUGACUUGCCAAUUGAAAGACAAGCAAAACAUUUUGAUGAUUCAAAUUCAGUGGUUGAUAAAGAUACAUGUUUUCAGCCUGAGGAGGGUGAACAAGUCGACACACUAGUAAAAGCAAGCAAAACCAAAGAUAAUGUUGUAGGAAAGAUCUCACCACCAAAAAGAAAACAAAAAAGUGGGAAGGUUUCAUCAGAAACUCCCAAAUUGCCAACUAGGAGAAAGUCCAAAAAUCAUGAUGUUUCCAAAGAGCCAGUUACUGAUGUCAGUGAAGGUUUUGAGACCAAGACUGGAGAUUCAAGACAAGGCCCUGAAAGUGAGGUGAAGUCUUCAGUUGAACUGCUGGUAAAGAGUAAACCGGAUGCGGCUGUUUUGGAAGAUAGAAAGCUCUCGCCGCCAAAAAGAAAGGUAAAGGGUUUAAAGGCUUCAACAGAUGACAUGCACGACGCUAUCAAGAGCCUGCCAGAAGACACUGUUGGAUUAGAAGUGAAGAACAAGGAUAUAGCUACCGCUGAUGUUAAAACAGAGACCAAGUCAGAUGAGAACACUUCUGAGUUGCAUGCAAAUGCAGCUGAAAAUGAUGGCACUAUACUUCCUCCCUUUGCACGUACUGGUGAGGCGUUUACAGAAAUGAUCUUAAUCGAUCAAACCAUGACUGCAAUGCAAACUGUUAUUGAGUUGGAACUGUUGGAAACAAGGGAAAUACCUGAAGAAGUGAAAGAUAAUAAUGUACAGGUACAGAUUAGUAAUGAUGAUGCCACCACAAGCUUGGAAAACCCGUCUGUAUUAUUAGAAAGUAUCCAAGGAAGGGCUGGUGUAGACAUGUUAGAGGUAAAUAUACAGAGUCAGGUAGAGGAUGGGCAGCUCUCUGUUAUGAGCAGUGCUGAACAGCAAGUGAUCCAAAGUGAGUCUGGUCAAUCCAGCUCUGUGGUUUUAACAAAACUUCAGCCAAAUAAAACUGAAUUGAUAGAAAUCAUAUUAUUUGACCCGGCCAUGGAAAAGAAAUGCCAGACUGACAGUCAGGUGGAACCUUCGGAAACCAGCCAGGAAACAUAUAUUGAAACCGUGGAACAAACAGCCGCCAUAUCUGCAAAUAGAAUGCAAGAUACUGCCUUGACAAUUCACAUUGGACCUGAAGUGCAUGUUUUAAAGGUAGAUGUAACAGCAUGUCAAGAGGAACAGGAAAACACACUAGAAACAGGACCAACAAAUGAAAUUGUUCAAAGUAAUAUUCAGUGUGAAAGACUGGCAGAAAACAAAGACACGUCAGACAAGAGUCUACCUAAGACAGCACUUGAGGAGUUACCAAAAAUCCAACAAAUUGUGAUUGAAAGUCAUUCUGCUCAGCUCCCCAAUGUUGAUUCAGAAGAAAAGUCAUGUCAAGCAGAGACAGACACUGGAGGAAGCACCCAAGAGGUCCAGGCCCGAACGUCUUCAAGUACUGAAGUUGAAAUGGCUUCAAAAAACAAGACUCAUGAGGGGGACAAAGACAAACCCCCAACAGAAAUGUCACCAGUGGAAAAGCAAGAAGUAAGCCGCAAAAGACAUGACGACGAGGUUCAAAGUGAAGCAAUUAAAGCUAUUUCUGUUGCUUUUGAGCCAGUUCAGCCACUAGAGAGUGGAAACAACAAAGACUAUGUUGAAUUAAUCCAAGAUAAAGAUCAGUCACAACUAUGUGCUGAAUCCCUUGGACAGGAAGAACUCCAAAUAGGUGUCGGACAAGAGAUGGCGUCACCACAUGAAUCAUCCAGUGAUAUUCAGCCCAUCAUAUCAUUAAUUAAAAUGACAGAGGCAGAAGUUUCAGAAUUUGCUGAACCUCCUUUACACUCUGAUUUGGAUACUGUAUCUGAUACUCAAACAGCGGAACAAGUUGAUAAUCCAGUAAGUUGUACAGCUCAAAAUGACAUUGGAAAGGUGGUCAGAUUUGGGCCACAAAAUAUUACCCACACAGACACUCCAACAAGUAACUCCGAGCCAAAUGAAGCGAUCUCUGAGAAUUUAAAUGUUGAUGCACUAGAAAAUUCUCCAUUGACGGACAUCUUCUCAGAGAUAAAGAUGGUCACAGACGCAGGACUUCUAAAGGAGGUUGAAGCGUGUGAGAAUCCUCUAGCAGAACUAAUGACCUCCAGCAGUGACCUUGAUGAUCGCCGGUGUAGGUUAGUGUUAAAACUCCUAAGCUGCAAGAGUCACUCCCCAGAGCUCCAGCCAACAGUUAUGAUGCAGCAGGUUAAGGAGGCUCAGGAAUGUCAAGACAUGGCCCAGGAUCAAGUAUCUCUGCUGUGCCAGCAGAGAGAUGUACCUGCUGAGAACUCAGACACUUUAGAGUUCGUGGAGGACCAGUGGAGAGCUGUUGCUCAGGAUGCAGCUGCUGUUGUCGAGAGCAAAGAAGCCCAUCUGCAGCUGGUGCAUAACUUCUGUCAAAUUACUCAAGAAACCAAGACUACAUUAGAAAGACUGGCAACUGAACUGGAUGUUGUAAGAAAUUCCCUGGCAGAGAGUAGCCACAAGAAGGCCGACCAGCUGAACUCCAUUAAGAGAGAUAUAGAAGAAAACAGGAGUGUCCUUGGGAAGUUACUUGGCAUCCACACAAAGCUGUAUCCCCUUCUUAGUUGCUCUAAUCAAGCAACUGCAAAAACUCAGCUUCAGACUCUACAUCAUGAAUGGAGAGACCUGGAGACAGUUCUAGAGAAGGCCUUGCAUCAUACUGAUAUUCAGUCCCAAAAGGCCAGCAGCCUUUUGCUGGAGUUGUCAUAUCUGCGGGGACAUUUAGAAUCAAUCGGUGAAGAACUUGAAGCCAAAUAUCCGAGUAGCCAAGUAUGCCAGUGGGAUCACAAGAAGGCGCAGCAGUUUUUGAUGGCACAUGCCGAGGUUAAAGCUGCUAACGUGAAAUAUCUCCAUUUGAAAGAAAGGUCGGAGUCACUACUCCUAAGUUUAUGGCCAAAAGAAACCGCAGAGAUAAACAAAGGUCUGCUGAAUGUCAAAGACCAAGUUUGUCUAUCAGAAGAGUGGAUGUCCUCUCAAAUUCAGAAAAGCAGUAAUCCUAUAAUGGAGCAAGUGAUGACAGUGGCGAGGGAUGGGCUCACUUGGGCCAAGCAGAUUGAGAGUGAUCUUGAUGGCAGGCGAAAGACGGUACCUCUGCACCCUGAGGCGGUUCACCAGCAACUCAGGGAUCUGAAAAGGCUGCAGUCUGAGGUCACAAUCAAACACAGUCAACUAAAAAUACAGGUAAAAGAGGUAGCAGGUUACUUACCACAGCUGGACCCAGCCGAGGAGAUACCUGUGGUUCAUUCUUUGCUGGACUAUCUAAAAGAAUGUUCAAAGUCAAUCACUGAGAAGUUAUCCAAAGCCAUGAAGGACACAGAAUCCGGUCUGCAGAUCAGGGAAAAGCAAUUUGAACAGAUUGCAGAUCUAGACACCUGGGUUGGGACUCAUCUGCAAAGAGUCACAGCCAAAAGCAUAGGUGGGGAAUGCAUGUGUCCUGCUGAGAUUGAUUACAGUGAGAUCCAAGAAACGCUUGUUGAAGCUAAAACACAGUCUGCUCUCUGCAAUGCCCUUUUAAAUAAGAGUAAAGACAUUUGCUCUGAGCUUAGCAUCACUGAGAAUUGCCAGCUUUUUGACAAGAUUAAAGACCUACAAAAAGAUAUUGACAUGAUCAGCAGCUAUGAAAAGUCUAACAAAAAUGAACUAGAAGAACAUAUGCAAUCUUUGGAGUCAAACAAGCAACAGCUAGCCACUAUUGAAAAAAACCUGAGGGAAAUGCAAGUAGACUUGGGAAAAUUCAGGUUCCCUAUCACAAUAGAAUCCCUGCAAGUUUUGGAACCUUUCAAUCAAUUGCUUUUGGAACAGAAGUCACAGAUUGACAUUCUCCAAUCCCGGAUUCCACCAGAAAAGACAAUCGAACUAUACUCAGGCACUGCUGCAAUUCACAACCUAAUGACUAGUCUGCAAAUGAAGGCCAGAAAUCAUGAAAGGUACCUCAACCUGAGGCAACGUGCCGAAGACAUUAAAGAGGCUAUUGAGGAACAGGUCAACCAGACCAAUGAAGAGAGCAGGGAGGUGGCAGAGAAGUAUAAGAUCUGUCAAAAGCUUAUUUUCCAGUUCCCGCUGAUAAAAAAGCUAUGUGACGAGGCUGGAUCUGAACUCCAGGUGAUCCUGGCUGACCUAUACCCUUCACAACUGAGCUCAGAGCAACAGAGACUUCAACAACUUGAGGAAAGCUUCAAAAUCUUGGAGAAGAAAACCCUCAACGAUAUCAGCCUUUUUGAGUGGAGUCUACUGAAAGAAGUGGAUCUGGUCACAGAGAGAAAAGCCACACGAGCCUCGCUCAGAGAGGCUCUCCUGGAGCUCCAAAAACCCCCACUGAUGGAGCCAAACGAGAGAUCCAUUGAUAAGGAAUACCAGAGGAUAAUGUUUCUGAAAAAAACUGUUGAGUCAAGAAUGAGAGCCUUGGAGGUUUUAGAGCAGAACAAAGGACACAAGGAAGGAACCAACACUUUAGAUCUUGAACACUUGAAGAAGGAAGUUCUACAUGAAUGUGACUCACAAAUGGACAAUAUCUCUGGUGCAAGGAUUUCACUGAAGAACUACAUCUCUACUGUAAAACAAACACGAAAAUUCCUGAGGGACUCUGAGGUCUUUCUGCUACCCCUUCCUGGCUCAGCUGGAGUCUGUUGUGAAAAGUUGGAGGUGACCCAGCAGGUGUUGGCCUCCCUGGAGGACAACAUCCAGACUUACAUUGACCAGCUGAAAGGGGAAGAGACCCUGCAUCCUUACUUGUCCCUUGUGGAGGUAGAGCAACUCAAAGAGGCCAUUCUGAGCCAGUUCCUGGUGAGGAUUUCCACACUUAAGGCAAAGGGCUUUCUACAUUUGGAGAAUCUUACAAGCUGUGCUGAAAAUUACAGAAAUUAUACUAAAUUUAAUGAAGACAUCAGUCUGAGUGUAAGGAACACAGAGGGGAGCCUUGCACAGGUGGUCUCUCAGAGGGUCAACUCUCUGGCUGACUGUAGUGAACAGUUAGCUAAAGUUGUGGCAUUGCAAGAGGAGCUGGAUUGUCUGCAAAAACAUCUGGAAGAGGUGGUGGACUGGUGUCCGGAGCAGAGCUGCCGUGGACACCGGGAAACCUCAAUGGCCGCCGUAUGGAGACGCAUAGUAACACUCCGCCAUUGCUUUCAGCAGCUGACUCCUAGACUUAAACAAAUAAUUGUAGAAUGGAGUGACAUCACCUGCAGUGUGGAGAAAGCGUCCGCUUUACUGCAGCAGGUGGAGGCGGAGCUCCCUAAGCCUGCCCCGUUGAUUGCAUCUACCAAUGAGCUUCAUGAUCUGCAGCAGUUCUGGGAACUAUACCAGGACAGGCUGGACUGUGAACACAACUCUCUUUCUGCCCUUGAGUUACGCAUUACCAGGCUGCUGGGUAUCCCUGCCAAUGUGGAACAGGCUCCGCCCGCUCCACUCUGUCAGCAGCUCCAAGCAAUGCAGGCCAGGUACAAUAGUGUAAAGCAGACCAGCCGCGAGGGUUUGGCGUUCAUCAAGCUGGAUCUAGAGGAGAAAGAAAAAGUGCAGGAGGAGCUGCAGGUCGUUUGGGUUUGGUUGACCGCUGCUGACAGUCUGUUGUCAGAGAUGGACCCAAGCAGCAACACAGCAAAGCUGAAGGAGAUCCAUUGCCAGUUGUGCAUCCAGAAGGCUUUGGUCCAUCGCAUCAUGGAACGUAUAAAUACAAAAUACUCAGAGACUGUGCCAGCCGAGAUCGGUGGCCAACUGCAGGAGAUUCAAAAGACUUUACAACAAGUCCAAGUCAAGGUACAAGAGGCAAUAGAAAAGAGUGACCCUGUACACAGAAUCGGUGCAAAGCUGCUGGAAACCCACACUGGCUUGAGUUCAGUGCGGCAAACGCUGGAAGAGAAAAGUUCUACUGUAACAGACGCAAAGCUUACUCAGAAGCUGGUGUGGGACCAGUUGGACAGAUGGCACUCGAAUGUGGCAGCGCUGGAAGCUGAUAUGCGGACCCUGGAGAGCCCGCAGGAGGCGUUGUCCCUCGCAGAGAGACUAACGGAGGUGCAGCAGCUCUAUGCUCAUCUAGCCAAGCAGGCGGAGCAUAAGACCACUCUCCUCAGCAAGAUGCAGACGUGGCUUCAGGAGCAUCAAGAAAUGAUCAACAGCUCCGAGAGUUGGAUGGCACAGACUCAGUCCUGGCUCGCCGCUCCUCGCACUUACACCACAGCUAAAUGUCUGAGCGACCAUGUUCAAGCUCUGCAGACGGUCUUGAAAGACUCAACGCAGAUCCGCAGCACUUUGCAAGGUUUUAGUUCAGUCCUGGACGAAAUGUCUCAAGUGGUGGACGUGUCCGCUCUCCGGGAACAGCUCUCCCAAGCCGACCGCCAAGUGGCCGCCGUUCAAGACAGCUUUGCAGCUCCUUUGUCUCGACUCCAGCAGGCCACCUCCGAGGUGGAAGUGAUCGAGAGCGAGGUCAGGGAGAUGGAGAGCAACGUUGCUGAGAUCAAGAGUAUUUUAUCUUCUCCAGAGACUCUGCCCAGCCCCAAAGAGAGACGUCUCAAGGUGGUGGAACAGAAGAUCCACUCCAUGAGGAGCGGCAUCGCGGACAUCCAGAAGGCAAAACCGGAACUUCAUCUUCCAGAGAAGGCUGAGGAGACGCUGACCGUCUUCAGUGUCAUUGAGGAGCUGCAGAAGUUGCUGCUAGAACUGGAGAAGAAAGUCCCAGCUCUCUUUAUCCAGCAGCUUCCCACGCCACUCCAAGUCCCGAAGACCACAUCCCAAGCAGGAUCCAGCAUGGAGGAAGCUGAGGAGAACGCCCAAAUCAUGAUCGCCCAUGUUGAGGAUGACGCGCUGCGACUCUCAGGAGCUACGUUGUUGACGGUUGAAAGAGCGACGCCCGAGCAGAGACUGUCAGAGACCGCUGACAGCCCGACGCGGCAAGGCGCUGGCGGCGAGGAGGCCUGUCAGGAAGUGGGAGGGCAGGAGCAGAGUGUGAAGGGAGGUGGAGGAGGUGUUGUGUGGUGGCUCUGGGAUGCUCUCCUGGGUGGUUCUUCUGAGCAACCGGACGCCCCUGAAAAGAGAGAAGCUUCCGGUGAAGAAAGCCCAGAGCUGGCGUCGCCAGAUGACACCCAGGACGUGCCCGGCGCCGCUGACGAGCGUUCUCCCGAGGACCGGUCGGACGUGGAGAGCGAGAGCGCCGACGAGAGACUGGUAAACACGUCCUCCUCCACCGCAAACCUCCACAAAGCUCAGCAGAGAUGUGUGCUCUCGCCCCGCCCCCCGGAGGGAGCCCUCCACGCGGGCCUGGAGCGGGUCGAGCAGCUGGAGCGCUGGCUGCACGCGGCGCACGCACGUCUGGAGGCGGGCGGCGUGGACAUGCAGGACGGCGUGGAGCGACAACUCCUCACCUGCCAGGAGAUGUUCCUGGAGAUCGAGCAGCAGGUGUCCAUCCUGCCCCAGCUGGGUGUCACGGAGGCCCCGCGGCCCCGCCAAACGGGGCCGGAGUCCGCCGCGGAGUCCCAGCGGGAGGCGGCCGAGCUGCUGGCGUCCAAACUGGGAGUCCUCAAGUCCAACCUGAUAUCCUUCCAGCAGCUGCUGCAGGACAAGCAGGGAGACCGGAGGAGGCUCGCCCACAAGGAGACGCCAGAGAAGGUGGAGCGCCCCCUGGCGGCCAGGCUCAGACGCAGCAGCAGCGUCCAGGAGGUCUUCUCCUCGCCCAGAAACAAGCUUCUGCGUCAGAGCAGCCUGCAGCAGCAGAAGGACUUGGAGCAGCAGCUGAGCGAGCAGCGAGAUCUGACGCAGGCCAUCGCCAGCGCUCGCCGUCCCAGCCACCAGCCGCGGAACCAGGUCCCGCCGUCGCCACGGAGGUGUCCCGCCGAGGACGAGGACCACGGCGCCGCUGAGACGUGGGACGGCCUUCACGGUCGCCUGCUGGCUGUGGAGGAGAGCUGGCUGCUUCCUGCCUCCCAGGUGACAGACUCAUCUGCCACGAGUCGGGAUGGAGCAGCGGGACGCCUUAAAGAGCUCCACGCUCACGUAGGACGCCUCCGAGAUCUGGGACAGUCUGCCGAGACGACAUCGACUGUGGACACCCCCCUUGAGGAGGACGUUCUUCACGUACUGCACGAGCUCUGCCACUUCCUGUCCUCCAUCAACCAUACGCCGCACUCGCUGGAGGAAGUUGUGCACGAAGACCACCAGAGACCAGUCCACCUGCAGACUCUGGCCGCAGACUUGUCCGCCCUUCAGAGCGAGUUGGCGACGGUGACGCGCGUCCUGGGGUCCACGGGUGUCCGGCAGUGCGUGGACGUCCUCUGCAGGAUCCUCCCGGUGGUGCGGGCGGCGCUGAUCAGCCGAGAAACGGAAGUUGAAAAGCUGCAAGAGCAGAAGUCUACGCAACAGGUUGUGACCUCCAUGCAGGAGCCGGCUGACCGUGUGGACCCCGAGAUGGAGGCCACCGCGCCGCAGGGGGAAGUCCACGGCGGUCCGUGUGGCGCUCCGGCCGGCGUUCGCUCCUUCGGCGAGGAGCCGCUGAGGAGCGGCGAGGAGGCGCUGAAGCACUGCGAGCGUCUGGUGUGCGGCAGCAAGGAUUUGCUCGCUCUGGCCUCUGAACACCUGGAGCAGAACCUGCGGCUCCAGACCAGGACUCGUCUGCAGCAGCAGCUCUGCGGUCACACGAGGUUCUUCAGGUUCCUGAGCCAACAUUUACACAACCUGCGGUACCUGUGCCAGAGAGUUCCAGAGAGCGCCCUCCAGAGGUGGGAGGGUGUAAUGCGGGACGUUCAGGACAAGGCCCUCCCGCUGCAGACGCAGGCCUUGGAGAAAGGAGUUAGCAUGGAACAACUCCUACAGAUGUGGUCACGGUGGGAGGACGACGCUGCCUGGUGCCAGUCCCUGCUGAGGGGUCUUGAAACGUCAUUUCCCAGGACGCAGCUGAGGAUGGACGCAUCGAGGCUGCUGUGUGUCCACCAGGAGCUGCGCUCGGUUCUCGAAAGGAACGCCGCUCGCUUCGGUCGGACUUUGGAGGCGGGGCUCAAGCUCCAGAAGGAAGCCUGCGAGGGAGUGGGCGUGGCCCGCAGUCAGCUGGAGGCCCGUUGGAGAGGUGUUGAGAAGAGGCUGAAGAUAGGCAGCGCCAACGUGGAGAGGAGGAGCAAGCUGAGGAACAGCUUUGACUGCGACUCCGCCACACUCACGGCCUGGAUGGGCGGGGCCAGGCAGUCGAUUGACAGGUGGACACAGCUGGUGGUCUCGGCCGCUGCGGACGACACAGGCGGCGAGCAGAGGCGGGAGGAGUACCGUCACUUUGUGACGCUGAGCAAGGAGCUGGAAGACCAAAGUGGACUCAAGGCCACACUUGUCAGCACCGGCGCCCAGUUGGCGGAGCUGAGCCAAGACGAUGAAGACUGUGAUGAAGAUCCAGAGGCCCAAGUGUCCACCUCGGACCUCCAUCUCGAUUGGAUCGGGGCCCAGCUCAGACAACUGGAAAAGGACUGGUCCGGUCUGUUGGCGGACGUCCCCGUGGUCCAACAGGCUCUGCACAAGUGGAGGUUGGAGACUGUGAGCCACCAGGGGGCGCUGCUGGAGUUGCUGGCCUGGCUGGAGGAGGUGGAGUCCAGACUGGAGGAGCAAUGCAGCCGUAUGGAAGCAGUCUCCUGCACCAGCCUGGACCUCAGACAGCUUUUGAAGUACUGCAAGGAGUGUCAGGUGGAGAUGUCAGCCAAUCAGGGCACACUGGACCACGCCAGCCAGCCAUCACAGACCUGGACUACCACGGAGGGCCAGAGGGGGCGCUAUGAAGACAACCGGUUCGCAGAGGACCAGGGUCUCCUCAACCGUCGCUGGCUGACUUUGCAGACGGCGCUGAACUCUCAGGUCCAAGAGCUGGAGGAGGAGUUGAGGAUCAGGACUGAGCAGGAAGUCGGUCUCCAGCGGAUCAACAGCUGGAUCACUGAGCAAAACCUCUGGAUGGACUCGGCUCGGACCCCUCGCAGCCUGGCGGAGCUCCAGCGCAGCGUAGAAACCUGCAAGAACAUCGAGGAGCAGAUCAGGCUGAGGAGUGCGGCUCUGCGGGAGCUCACCAACAAACAAGACGGCCGCUUCGCAAGUCAGGCUGAUCGAUCCAGCGCGGCCUGCGCUGCGCUCGCACAGCAGAGUGACACGGUGAAGAGCGGUCUGCUUGAGGCCAGGCGGCUGUGGCUCUCGGCGGACCACGCGCUGCAUCACAUGGGGCGGAGGCAGGUGACGACGUCCCACACGUUGGAGCUUCUCCACGGCCCUCGACUCUCCCUGCAAGCCCACGGAGACCUCCUGCGUCAGCUGGAGAGUCUUCGCGAGGAGAUGGAGACUCCAGAGUGGGACCAGAUCAAUCAAACCUUCUCCUCUCUUCAACGCCUCAUCCACCCGGCCGCAGCCUCCAUCCUGAAUGAGCAGCUGACCCGCCAGAGAGACAGUUGGGCGAGCGCGUCUGCGUCGUUGGACCAGCGCCUCCAGAGGAGCCGUGCCAUCCUAUCAGCUUGGCACGUCUACGCCCAGAGUGCCGCCGCCUUCUCACAGCGUCUGAAGGAUGUGCAGAGGGACGCCACGCACACCCGGAGUGCGGUCAGACCAGACAGCACUGUGGACAACAUCGCUGACGACGUGCGCCAAGUUCAGACUCUGUGCCAGCGAGCCGAGGCUUUGCAGUUUGACCUGCAGGGAGUGCUGGAGAUCUCCAAGGACCUGAUUGGCCGCCUGGAGCCCCCGGCCGCGGCUCUGGUCCAAUCGGAGGGCAGGUUGCUGUCACGUAGCGUCCUGCAGCUGAGCGAGACGCUGGCCGCAAAGCAAGCGGAGCUGCAGGAGGAGCUGACCACACUGCAAGAGGUCAGCAGCCUUCUGGACAUGCUGGAGUCCAAACUGGAGUGCUGGCUGCAGCGCCUGGAAGACCAGAACCGCCCGGUCGAUCAGUCUGGCUACCUGGAGCUCAGCUCUCUGACCGCCCACCUGGACGUGCUCAACGAGCUGAGCCGCGGCCUCACGCUGGGCGACUGCGCCGCGCGCCGCCUGCAGCGCCUCAACCGCCGCUGGGGCGACGCCUCCUCGAGAGCCGAGGAGGCCUGCAGUGAGUUGCAGACGGAGGCGCUGAGGCAGCAGACGUUCGAGCAGAAGUGCGAGAGCUGGAUGGCGUUCCUGCAGAGCAUGGAGGACCGGCUGGUGGUGGACGUGCCGGGCUCGUACGACGGCCUCAGGGAGCAGCUGUGCACCCACAAGCGCUUCCAGGUGGAGCUGUCCGUGGGCCACCAGAUCCUCCAUUCCGUCAUCGCCGACGCUCUGCGCCUGCUGCAGAGAGGAGAGGUGGACGACAGGAGCGACUUCAUCCUGAAGCUGAGCCAGCUGAGGGAGCACUGGCACGGCGCCGUGCGGCGGGGCGACCAGCGGCGCUCCCUGGUGGAGGGCCUGGUCAAGCAGUGGCACCUGUACCGCCGCAGCUUGAGGAAGCUGCGGCGCUUCCUCUCCGACACCCGCCGCCUGCUGCCGCUCGCCGGGCCGCCCCGAUGCAGCCUGCAGCAGCUGCGGCGCUCGCUCCAGGACCUCCAGCACACCCAGCUGCUCUUCCAGAGGCACCAGUGCGGCUUCCUCCACACCCUGGAGGUGGGCCGCCAGCUCUUCUCCAUGGCCGACCAGGAAACCCAGAACCGGAUCCAGACGGACCUGGGAGCGCUGCAGGAGGAGUGGGACGACCUCCACGGUCUGCUGAGCCGCAGGGUGGACCUGGCCCAGACCAUCGUGGAGAACUGGCAGCGCUGCGAGGCGGGACUGACAGACAAGAUGCUGCAGCUGAAGGACAUGAAGACCAGACUCAACCAGUCGCUGCCAGAGUGCGAUGACGGCAACAAGGAGAGCGAGGACCCCCUGGAGGACUGGGCGGAGAGCCUGAGAGAGCUGAGCACCAUGAAGACGGACCUGAGCCAGUACGUCAUGGCCGACGACGUGCUGCUGCUGGAGGAGCAGGUGAAGCACCUGCACUGCCAGUGGGAGGAGCUCUGCCUUAAGGUGGGUGCAAAAAUACACAACAUGACACGCGUCCUCACAACGCUGUACGGACAUUUCUGCCCAAGUCAAUAA